AUUGAACACGAGGCAAAAAGGAAAGAAUCGUGCGAAGGUGGUCAAUGGCGCGGAAUUUCUCUUCAGGCUGAUGGCAUCCAUAUUUCAAUGACUCAAAGUUUUUUCUUUUUCAAAGAUGGAAGUUUUUGAACAAAAAGUUUCUGAUCUCUUUCGUAAAUAUACGGGAGAAAACAGUUCUUCUUUUGAUCAAGAAUCAUUCGAAAGCGAACUGAAGUCGGUGCUAGACACGAGUCUGAAGGUGAAGGAGAUUUUUCAAAAGGGGAGGAAAGAUAGGCUGAAUGCUGAACACCAAGUUUGUCAGUUGGAAAAGCAAGUCAUUUCCUUGAAUAAAAAGCUAGGUAAAGAUGCUGAAGAAUUAUCCAAGUUAAGAGCAAGAGUUGAAGAAGCUGAUGAAAAAUUGACACAUAAACACGAGCAAGUAAGAAAAUUGGAUGAUGAAAAAACAGAUGCUAUUUCCAAAUAUAAUUUUUCAAACAAUGAAAAAAAGCAACUUGAAGAUGAGAAGGCAACACUUCUUGAAGUUCUGGAGAAGAAAAGCAAAGAGAUCGAGAGGCUUGACAAUGAAUGGAAAUCAAUGUCUCAAAAACUUUCUGAAGCAACCAAAGCAAAUUAUGAGGCUCAGGCCAAAUUAGAUGAAUUCCAAAGUGGUGACAUUACACGAGAGUUCAAGCUGAAACGAUUAGAGCAAGAAAAGGACCUUCUUAGCAGCCAAAAUGCCCACCUCACGACGCAGCUGAAUGGAAAAACAGAGGAGCUUUCAACCCUCAAAAGAAACAAGACUUCUGAGGUACUUGAUCUGCAAAAUCUUGCUGACAGUCAGAAAAAUCAGCUGGAGAGCGUAACAAAAAGUUGUGAAAGCUAUAAAGCAAAACUCGAGGAGCAGGAAAGUAAGAUGGAAACAUUGAUGGAGAAGCUAAAAAGAGCCAGGGGGGAGCUUGCAGACACUGAUAGUACUAUGACACAAGAGCUUAAUGCAAAAAACAAACUGGUGGAGCUUUAUAAGGAAUCGUCUGAAGACAGCCAGAAACAAAUCAGCGAAAUGACAUUUGCUCUGCUUGAAAUCCAGAAGAUUCUCAAAGAAACCGAUGAAGAAAAAUCUGCCUUGGAGGCCAAACUAGCCUUGGAAGAAGAAAAGCACAAGGAAAAACUGAACGAGCUCGAGGAGAGAUUGAAAACGCUAGAUACUGAGCUGGAAAACGCAAAUGAGCUACUCGAGGUUGCACGAAAGAAGACCCCUGCUCUUAGCAAAGAGGCAGUUGAAGGGAUGUCGCCAACUGCUGCUACAGCAAGUGCUCUUAUGAAAAAGGGGAUGACUCUGACGCAGAUAUACAGUGAAUAUGUCGAGGUUUCUGACGCUCUGGAGCUAGAGAAAGAUGAAAACACAAGGCUGAAGCAGUAUCUCGAUCAGAUCCUGCAGGAAAUUGAGGAGAAAGCCCCACUCCUGCAGCGACAAAGGGAAGAUUACGAAAACGCCCUGAAGACAAUCGAAAAUCUGACAGCGAAGUUUGAUGAUGCAAUGAAUGAAUGCGAGAGGUCUCAAUCUGAAAAAGACGAUUAUGCAAGAAAGGCUGAUUUCACCAAGCGAGAGAACGAACGAAUGAACAGACUGUGUAUUGACCUCAGUCAACAGGUUCGUGUUCUGUUGAAAGAGGUUGAGGAGGCUCGAGGAGGUGUUGUCAGCACGGAAUACAAGGUGCCAGAAUUGAUCUCCAGUGACAAAGUUUCAAGUUCCUCGCAAGUCAUUUCCGAACACCUCGUCUCGUUCAAAAACAUCGAGGAUCUGCAAGAACAGAACCAGAAGCUGCUAACCGUUGUUAGAGACCUUAGCGAAGAAAGGGAGAAACAAGAGAAGGAAUGUUCAGUAGAAAAAAUGAGCGAGCUGUCCGACCAGCUGAACUUGGCAUUUGAGCAAGUUAAACAAAUGAAAGAUGAAAGGGAAAAACAGAACGAAAUUAUUGAAACUCUUGUCAAGCAACGCGACAUGUACAAGGUUCUAUACAAUGCAGAAGAAAGACCAGAAAUAUCCUCAACAAGUUUCUUGCAACAGUCGACAAUGGCAUCAGCUGAAACAGAGGCAGAUCUUGAGAAGGCAAAAGCGCAUCUCACUCGGAUCACUGAAGAUUUUGAAAAGUAUAAAACCGAUAGCACAGCCAAAGAAAGCUCGUUGCAAACGAAGCUUGAAAAAUUAGAAGACGAGGUUUCCAAAUUGCGCAGUGAAAAUCAACACGGCAAAGGAAAGAUUGAAUUCCUCGAAGAGAAGAAUGAUUCUUUAAAACGCACCAAUGAUGGACUGACCCGUGAAUCGGAGGCUCUGGUAAUGAAAAGCCGCGGUCUUGAAACUGCUGUAAGCAAGCAGCAGAAGGAGGCCGCAUUUUAUAAGCAGGAACUUGAAGCAGCAAACGAGAAACUCAUAAACUUAGAGGUUGCUCUGAAAUCAUCAGACACUGAGAAACGGUUAAUGAAAGGGACGGAACAACGCUUGAUGCAAGAAAAUAAAACAUUGAUUGAGCAACAAAGGAGCCAGAAUGUCCUCUUGACAAACCUUCAAACUAUACAGAAUAAUCUUGAACGACAAGAAUUUGAAACUCGAAAAGCUCUUGGAAAACAGGUUGAGGAGCUGCAAUUGGAAAUGAAGGGUCUGACAAGAAAUCUUGAUGCCCAGGAGGCGAACAAGAAAACUAGCAUUGGCUCUCUGAAUCACCAACUGGAAAAGCUCCAAAAAGAACUGAGUGAAGAGAAGAAACUUCGUCAAGACAGUGAGAAAAAACUCAAUGAGAUUAUGACAGAAUUCGACGCUGCCAAAUUGAAGUGCACUGAAUUAGAGGAGCAUUUAGCUUCCAGCGAGGCUCGACUUAAAGCCAUUGUGGAGGCGGAUGACUCUUCAGCAACUGAGAAUAUCCAACAAAUUAAAGAGCAACAUGAAGAGAAAGAAAAGUCUUUCCAAUCAAAACUUAGUGAAACAGAACUAAGAAUGAAAGCUCUUAGCAGCCAAGCCCAGAGCUCUAGUAAGCAUGUGGAACAGUACAAACAGAUAGCAGCCUCGUGUGAAGAAGCGUUGAAAGAUGCAAACGAGAAAUAUGCCAUCCUCCAGAAAGAGACUAGCAGCAAGUUACAGUCAAUGCAGCAACGAGCCAAUGAGCUUUCACGCCAGCUCGAGGCUACCAAAGUUGAGUUAGCGACACGAAAGUCGAAAGCGGAGAAGAAAGAGCAGGAGUUAAGUGCUCAACUAAACAGUGCAAGGCAGUCCUAUGUUAGUCUAGAGAGGGAAUACAAUGCUGUAAAAGGAAGCAUUGAGAGUUCAAGUCAGCAUUCUGAAGCUGCCAAGGCUGAUGCCAAAAUGUACGCUGCUGCGGCAACUGAGAAACAAGAAAAAUAUGAGCGGGAACUGGUAUUGCACGCAAAGGAUGUCGAAGAACUUGUUAAAGUCAAAGAGGAGCUUCAUGAAUACGCAAAAAGGAUUGAUUCUUCGGAAAAUCAUGCACGAGAGGCUCAAGAAAAAAUGGUCGUUGCAGAGAAGGCCAUGGAGAAUAUGAAAAUUCACCAUGCGGAGGAGAUGAAGAAAAUCAGGGAGCACAGUAAACAAAUUUCUGAGCAAAAUUCUUUAUUACACAAGGAAAUUGAAAAGUUAAGUUCGCAAAUUGUUGAUGCUAAGUCACGGAGAGUUGACGAAAUCACUAAACUGUCGGAGGAGACUGGCAAAUCUGCGGAACAGUCGACGGAAGACUUGUAUGAAGUGAUCAGGUUUAUACGACGCGAAAAAGAAAUAGCUGAGACGAAAUUCGAAGCCCUGCAAUCAGAGAGUCUCCGUUACCGACAAAGAUGUGAUCAUUUCGAAAAAGAACUGGAAGAAACCCAAGCUGCUUUGGAACUUGAAAGAAAACGCACUCUGGGGUUGAUGUUAAGUAAGGAGGAACACGAGGACAUUAUGGCCAAGGUGGCUCGCGUUGCAGAGCUCACUGAGUUGAAUAAAGAGCUUGAAAAGCAAAAGGAAGAGCUGGGGAAGAAGCAUUCUACUGUUAAUGCUAAGGUGAAACAAUUGGAAGAUCAAAUCAAAUCGAUGAAAGAGGGACGAAGAUCAUUGGAAGAAGAAAAAGGCAGCUGGUUUGCUGAGAAAACUGCAUUAAAGAGUGAAAUUCAAAGAUGGACAACGCGGGCGCAGCAGCUCAUAGAACAGAACAAAAAGGCUACAACCGAGUUGGAGGAACUGAAACCCUUGAAGAAUACAAAAGCACAGAACGAUAAAGUGAUGGGUGCCCUGAAGGACGAGAUAGUUCGCCUGAAAGCACAGAAGGAGGCAGCGUCAAAAGAUUCAUUGAAACUGAAGAAAGAUUUAUCUGAGAUGCAGGACAAAGCAGCACUUCUCACAACAUUAGCAGACACAAUUAAAGCCGAAAAGGAACAACUUGUAAAAAGAACUGCAGAUGAAAUCGAGGUUCUGAAGAAAGAUGUGGCUGCAAAAGAGACUCACGUAACCGUUGCAAAUGCGAAGUUUGAAAAGUUGAAGAUUCGUGCUCUCAAGUAUCAGGGACUUAUAAAAGAACUUCAGAAAUCAAAAGAGGCCAGCGUCGAGGCUGGCAGUGCACCACAAAGUGAAACUAAUGUGGACAACCAGAAACUCGCUGAGCUCGAGAAGGAAAACGCCCAACUUAAAUCAAAUGUUGAACGGUUGGAAAAAGAAGUGCAGAAGAAUGUCGAAGAUCAUGCCGCAAAAUCUGGAGAAUCAGCACAAGGGUCGGAUGAAUCGAGUGAAAAGCUCUCACAGCUCUCUGAAGAGAACGCCAAACUUUCAAAAGAAGUUGAGGAGAAAGCGACUGUUUUGUCUGAACGAGACGAAAAUGAAAAGAAAAUGAAAAAGAUCUUGCGUUCAGCUAAAGAAAAGAUGAAAGAUCUCAACGCACAAGUUGAUAAAUCAACAAAUGAAAACAUGGAACUGAAAAAUGCAAUAAAGGAGCUUGAGGAAAAACAUCAAACGGUUGAAAGCGAAUUUAAGGAGAAGGAAAUGCGCUUCACGGCAAUGAAAAGUCAAUUUGAUUCGAAGGCUGAGAAAAUGAAAGCCACGUUGAACGAGCUGAAGAACGAAAACCAAAGUUUAAGUGAUCGAAUUCGAAACUUGGAAGAAGAUAAGAAACAAUCGGAUGAGCGGUCAAAUGAACUUGCGAAGGCAAUUGCAGAUGCGGAGGAAACGAUUUCGAAGCUCAAGUCGCAAGCGGCUAUCAAACACGUACAAGACAUCGCAGUGUCGGAGGCGGCCGCGUUUACGCCAUUGACGGCGACAGUAAGACCGACAGCUUCAACGUCAAAUAAUCAGCCACAAAAACCCAUGUCCUCGAGAACCGCCAGUAUUCGCCCGUUGAUUCCUGCACAGACACCAACUGCAAUGGUAAGCCCCACUGUUCCCCCCAUCCAACAAACAACGACGCAAGUAGUUAUCCCCCAGCACCCGUCACGUGCAGCCGGAGCUAGCACAGCCAGCGUUGCUCCCGAGCAAAGAAUGCAUGAAGCACCUUCAGCAUCUAACAGGGGGCAAGCUUCAGUCUUCAAGGCACCAAGAGUUUUAGCGUCCGUUCAGGCUCAGGAGGGAACAUCUGGGUCAGACACACAGGCAACGGUGACGCCAAUAAUUGCUGGAACUGAGGAAGGGAGGAGUGAUGAAGCAGAGGAACUGGAAGGGGUAUCCUCCGAGCAGAUGCGCCCGUCAGAAAUAAUCGAUAUAGCUGACAGCCUUUUGACAGAUGUCGGUGGCCCUAUGUUUGUAGCUGGUGAGGAGCAAGUGGAAAAUGAGGAUCAGGCAGAACGGGAUGGACUGACUCAAGGCUCCGACAUGCCAUCUUCAACAUCAGUUUCUGAAGCCCAAGGCUAUAGCUCGGUCGAACAAGCAGGUUUCGAGGCUGGCAGGUUUAUGGACGAGAGUGGGUACAGUCAGGAUGCUACAACUGCGAAAAGAAGGCGCUCUGCGGAAUCGCCAACUCAAAGGGAAGAAGAUGAAGAGAUGGACGAAAGCCCGGAAGAAAAACGACAGCGCGUUGAAGAGGAUACGGAAACCAGGGAGUCCGAAGUAAUUUCCAUUUCUGAUGGAGAUGGGGAGGAGGAAGAAUUCGAAGAAGGGGAAGUGGAUGAUGAUGAGGAGGAGGUUGAAGAAAACGAAGGCAGCGAAGGAAGUGUGGAGGAGAUUGAAGAUGAAGAUUCUGAGGAAGACGAGGAGGAAGCAGAAGAUGCAGAAUUCGAUUAUGAUGGCACUGGAGAGGCUUUUGAUGAGGAGGAGGAGGAAGAAAUGGAAGGGGAAGAAAUGGAAGAAGAGGAAAAUCAGGAUGAAGAGGAUAUGGAUGACCAAGGGAACGACAUGGAAGAAGAGGAAGAAGAUUCAAAUGUGAACGAGCAGCAGUCUUCGAGUCAACAGGAAAGACUGACGACAAUUACACCUCCGAUGUACUUGAGAGAACCAAAUAGAGAAACGCACAGGCGCCAACCAUCGCCAGCUGCUUUUAUGCUUGCUGCCCAAGACCAAAGUGGCAGGGGGAGAGUAUUCAGAAGACGAUAUCAACUGCCAUCAUUUUCCCUUCCGCCUGGACAAGGUGGAAGUGGCCCUUUCGACGAAGCAGAUGACUGCACUGUCCCAAGUACACCAACACUUUAUGAGCCAAAGAGAUCCGAUGGGUUUGCAGAAGCAGUCAGUUCACCUCAAGUUCGGCAUCCAGUUUUCUCAUUUCCCUCUGGGUCGGAAGGAGGAAAUAGAUCCUCGCAGUCGGUUGGACUUGAUUCCGGAGUCAACGAUGAAGGCUUGCGUCUUGAUGACACAAGGAUCGAUUUGCUUGCCGGAGAAGAACCUGCUAGUGUCCCAUUAACAACUAUUGGGGUUGUUCCAUCAGUCACGGUAACUCCGUUGGAAGGACUCGGAGAGGAAAUUAUAUUGUCAAGACAAAGUGUCCUACAAGGUCGUCCUCGUGAAUCGAGUACAGCAAGAGUUCCUGAACUAACGACUGAAGACAACAACACAGAGCAGAAUGUACCGCAGCAUAUUGACCUGACUGCCGAUGAUGAAGACGAUGACAAUCCUGAUGCUCAAGAUGUUCCUACUCAAGACGACGACGAUUUGUUCGAGGAUAUUGCUCCACCAACCGAGAGCAUGGAGGAUGCUGCUGUGCAGGAGGAUCAGGAUGCUGACCAAGCAAAAGAAGAGCCCGAAGAGGCAGAAAUUAAAUUACAGUUGCAAGAGCAACAAAGUGAGUCAACAGCAAACAAGGAAGAUGAUGCUAGUCAAGAAGCUCCACAAAGCAUAGAAGAAUCAGUUACCACUAGGUCUGCAGCUUCAAGCGGAAGAAGAGCCUCUGGUAGAAGGCCAAGAAUACGAAGAACGGCUUUGCCAACAAGAGGCCGCCCCGCAGAGGAAAAGCCAGAAGGGACAUAACAAGGCAAAUAGCUUCCAAAUCUUAUAAAAUGGGUGAAACAUUUCAUAAAAGUUGGUUAACAUGCAAUAUUGCGUUUUGUUGUCGGUCUUAAAGUAAACUCAAAGAUUUAUACUUUUUUUGGAUUUUUUUAAUUUUGUUACUCAAAAAUUAAAAUAGUUGCUUAUGUAAA